UAUUUUGUCUUAAGGAAACAUAUGUACUGUUGUCAUGUAUUUGUUGCAUUCAAUGCUUAAUAUUUUGUGCACAGUGUUAAUGGCCCUCUAUGAGAAAUGUGCACUCUGAGCAAAAUACCUCAUGUAAUGUAUUUUAAAUACAUUAAGGUGUCUGCAGUCUCGUUUUGCACUGCUGAGGCAAGCAGAGGAAGGCAAUUAAUAUGUGCAUUGUGUUCUGAAAGAAGCCAUCUCGCGUCGUCCUUCACACGCCCCUAACCACACCCGCUACACACACACACAUAUAGACACAAAUGAACAUACAUGUAAGAGUAUUUAGAAGCAUUAAUAACUUUCUUUCCAUGACAAGGUAUUAAUAGAAUAAUUGGGCUGCCAUCAUACUAGAUCCAUGGUUGGCUGGCUCAUAACAAUUCUAAAAAAAAGCAUUUUAGUAGAAAGUUGUUGCGUAUGUGCAGAUAUUACUUAAAGGAAUACAGUGCCUGAAUUUUAAUAAAGACAGUCAAAUCAAACAUAUACCUAGUUUUAACUGUUUAACAAAUCCAUUCACAAAUCAUAGGUUGUGAGUCACAUGGUUUCUGAGGCUCAUCUGCAAACACAGCAAUAGGAAAAUUCAUAGCACCACUGAAUGUAAAUGCAGAUGUCAUGAAUCAGCUGUCCAAUCUUUUCUAAGUGGCCAUAGUGGGCACAGAACCAUUCAAAGCAUAAAAAAUUAGAUGAAUUCAUCCUGCUCCAUGUCGGGUGGUUCUUAUCCUUGGCGUCAUCCAUUCAAAUUUCUUCAACACUCACCUUUCAUCUGGUUUUAUUUCUUACAUGGGGCAUAACUCAUCUCUUUUAGAUUAGCUUCUAGUUGGGUGAAAUGAGCCAUAAAUUUCUUUUAUGUUGUAUUGGUGUAGUGAUUCCCCUUUUCCAACUGCCUGAAUAAUUCUUUCCCUGCUGUAUUUUUUAUUGUACCACAGCGAUGUGCCACACUGGCUGUCUUCAGCACCGUGUACUGCUGUUUGUCUAACAGAUUUAGUACGAAAGCAGAAUGGACUUUCUUGUAGAAGGUGCAGCAUGUAUGUGAGCGCGUGUGAGCCAGCAGUGCCGCCUGUGUGUUUACAUGUCAGCCUAUCAGUGCUGCCGGAUUUAGCGCAUCUGGAGAGGACGGAGGCAUUUCUCAAAUGCCCCUCAGACAAGGGAUUCUCAUCGUUGCAUAUAUCCCCCUGUCCCAUUUGAAUGUAGCCUGUCUUGAAUCCUGCAUCCCUGUCUCCAUGCUUUCGGAGGCAUUUUGAAUUUCCUUGGCAACAUGGAGCUGCCUGAAUUAGAAUUCUCUGCAUGACAGUCCUGGUAAGCAGUAGGAUGGUGUCUGCUGAGGCAGGGGGGCACAGCUACUUGGUGGCAUGCUGGCAGCCCAUCCUGAUCCUGAUGCUGGGCACUGUCCUUUCUGGCUCCACCACCGGUUGUCCCUCCCGAUGUGACUGCAACGCUCAGGAGCGUUCAGUUGUGUGCCAUCGACGGAGACUGGCAGCUCUUCCUGAGGGUAUUCCCACUGAAACAAGGUUGUUAGACCUCAGCAAGAACCGUCUGAAAACUCUGGGGCCUGAGGAGUUCAUUAAUUACCCUCAACUGGAGGAGCUGCAACUUAACGAAAACACAAUUUCAUCCAUUGAGCCUGGGGCUUUCAGCAACCUUAUGAACCUUCGAACUCUGGGCUUGCGCAACAACCAGCUGAAGCUCAUCCAGCUGGGGGUGUUCACAGGCUUGACCAACCUCACACAGCUGGAUAUAAGUGAGAACAAAAUUGUCAUUCUGCUCGACUAUAUGUUCCAGGAGCUGUACAACCUGAGGGCUCUGGAGGUUGGCGACAAUGACCUGGUAUUCAUCUCACCCCGAUCAUUUCAUGGCCUCAGCAACCUUGAAAGCCUCAACAUUGAGGGAUGCAACCUGGCCUCAGUGCCCACUGAUGCCCUUAGCCAUCUGCAUAACCUGCUGUCACUUCGAUUACGCUAUCUCAACGUCACUGUCAUAAGGGAUUACUCCUUUAAGAGGCUGUAUCGGCUCAGAGUGCUGGAGAUUUCUCAUAUGCCUGCCCUGGACACCAUGACUCAAAAAUGCUUGUUUGGACUGAACCUCACAUCCUUGUCCAUCACAAACUGUAACCUUACUGCCAUCCCCUACCAAGCCAUCAGUCACCUAAGAUAUCUUCGGUUUUUAAAUCUGUCUUUCAAUCCCAUUUUAACUGUGGAAGGGAACCAACUGUUCAAUCUACAGAAGCUCCAAGCUUUUCAUUUGGCUGGUGGGAGAUUAGCUGCCAUUGAGCCCUACUCUUUCCGAGGACUCAACCAUCUCCGUGUACUCAAUAUAUCCAGCAAUAGCUUGAGCACCCUGGAGGAGUCGGUGUUCCACUCAGUAGGAAACCUGGAGACCCUGGCUUUGUAUGACAACCCUUUGGCCUGCGACUGUCGUUUGCUCUGGGUCUUCCGCCGGCGGUGGAGGCUCAACUUUAACAGACAACAGCCCAUGUGUGCGUCACCUGAGGUCGUGCAAGGAAAAGAGUUCAAGGACUUCCCAGACAUCCUCCCCUCUGACUAUUUUAUUUGUCAGAAAUCAAGGAUCGUGGAUUAUAAGGUUCAAGAGAGCCAUGUAGAUGAAGGAACUACAGUUCAUUUUGCUUGCCAAGCUGAGGGUGAUCCAGUCCCUGUGAUAAUGUGGCUAACCCCUAAGAAGGAAUACAUCACUACCAAAACUGUGGGGUCAAGACUUUCUGUGUCCAAUGAGGGCACAUUAGAGGUACGUUACUCCCAAAUCCAGGAUAACGGCACCUACUUGUGCAUUGCAAGCAAUGCAGCUGGCAAUGACACCAAAGUUGCUCACCUUUUUGUCCAUAGCUACUCUCCCAAUUGGCCCCACCAGCCAAACAAGACAUUUGCAUUCAUUUCCAACCAGCCCAGCGAUGAAGGUGCUAAUGUAACCCGGGCAACAGUUCCAUUUCCGUUUGAUGUAAAGACACUUAUCAUAGCAACCACCAUGGGAUUUAUCUCUUUCCUCGGAGUUGUCCUCUUCUGUCUUGUAAUAUUAUUCCUCUGGAGUAGAGGGAAAGACAAUACUAAGUCAAGUAUAGAGGUUGAAUAUGUUCCACGUAAAGAGGAAACAGAAGAGGCCAGUCCAACUGAGGCACCCAUACAAUUCAAUAUGAAAAUCAUGUGAACUUCAAACAGGAGGCCAUGUAAGCUUACAAACUGAAGUCGGGAUGCAUUUUAUCCUCGCUUCAAAUAUGUUUAUGAGCGAUAGGAAUUGCACAGCAGCAAACGCAUCUUGACACUAUACCCUAAACAUUUUUUUUUACUUCAGGGACUGAAUCUUAAAAAGCAAAUUUUGAAUUUAAAAUAUUUAAAUUUCUGUAAAUGUGUAUUGGCAAUUCUCAAUCAGUAUGUUAACAUGCAUUAAAACAAUUGGAUUACUGUGUGUAACUAAAUUAAGGUAAUGGUUUGAAUAAAGCACAUGGAUCACAGUAGACUAAUUUGCCCAGUAAAUCGAGUUUACAUGAUAGGUGGGCUACUGUCUGGAAGGAUGUAGACAGGUAUACAGGUAUAGCCUAAUUCUUCUAUCAGCGCAAAAUAACAGAAAGAUGGAUAGGGUACAAAGCACAAUAACCCACUAUUAGAACCCAAGUUUUGUCCCAUCAUAAGCAGUUAAGUAUAAUAUGAGUGUACAUGUUUAGAUAAAUAGAAAACAAUAGAGAGAUCCAUGUUAUGUUUUGAGAGAAAAAAGGUGUAGCCUACAUUCAAGAAAGAAGUUGUACAAUUAUACAUAUUUACAAAGAUAAAUAUAUUUUUGAGAACAAUUGCCAUAUUACAAGACUAAAUUAAUAAUUAAGAAAAAGGAAAUAAUAUUCAAGAAGUUGUGUUUUGAGAGUUGUAAAACUACCAGAAAUUGUCAUGUUAAAAAAAAAAAAAAAAACACUUUUGGAUUGACUGAAAUUUAAGAAUUAAGAAUCAGUUGGUGGGUUAGAGACAAAGGUAAAGUAUACUUCACCACCCGUCACAUGUCUGUGACCAAUGGCCUUUAACAACUUUCCAGAAUCAUUCAAUUGUGUUUUGAUGUUUUCUCUGCACACUUGUCCAAAAUUUCAAACAGUAGCCUUUAUCUCUGUUGACAUACAAGUAUUAUUGUCAACUGGGCGUCAGUUUUAAUUAAUCAGUUAUAAUAACUGGAGUAUUUCCUUAAUCUAGCAUCAGUUGAUUUAGAAGUGGGAAUGUUAACACGCUGAAUGAGAAAAAUAAGCCAGUCCAACUUCUUUCUGCCUACAAAGGAAGUCAUUAAAUGUAUAGAGAUGUUCGGCUAUACAUAUUUUUUCUGUAUUUUAUUCUUUCCUUGUACAUUAUCCUAUUAUGGCACAAUAGUAAUGCUUGUAAUGGUUGUGGUUUUUGAACAUAUUACAAUCUAAAGAGCAGAUUAAAUAUUCAGUUUUUGAAUUAACUGAACCACAAGAGUUUUGCUGUUUUUCAGUGUGUAAAAAAGACCCUUGAAGAUAAUCAAAUUAACAAUUUAUCAUGAAGUGUGUUUACCCAUUUGGCAGUUUAAUAAGUGCAAGUACUCUGUCCAAGUCCUGAGGUUAUAUUGUCACCGGUGCAUCUCAAAAAGGGUGACAUUAUUCUUUUGUUGCCUUAAGUAACCAAUUUUCCAGAUUUCAGCUUAGCAAUACCCAACGUUUAUGUGUAAAAUGGAGUUUUAUGCCUCAUAAGGAUUUUAUGUUGUCUAAUUAAUUUUACAGUCAAAGUCUGCUCUGAAGAUAAUGUGUUCAUUAACUCUUAAAAUACUUGUUUAAAAGGGAUGGGCAAAUUAAAAUAAAUAACAUUUUAUACUA